AUGAGGAGGACAAAGUGUGUGGAGGAGGAGUACUGUCAGAGUGUGUGCAGGAUGAGGAGGUCAAGAGUGUGUGGAGGAGAGGUCAAGAGUUAUGAGACGGAGGAGGUAGGAGGAGGUCAGCGUGUGAGGAUGAGGAGGAGGGAGGUCCAGAGUGGUGAGCAGGCGGAGGAGGUCCAAGUGGUGAGGAGGAGGAGAGGGACAGAGUGUGAGCAGGAGGAGGAGGUCCCAGAGUGUGAGGAGGUCAAGUGA